AUGUCGGUUUCAAUGGCAUCGGGCUCGGGCGACUCGUUGAGGAGGACGCGAUCUACUGGGGAUGUUGCAAGCCCUCGCAGCUCUCCAGGAUUAGGCUUGUUACGUUCUCUCAGCAGCCGCCGCCUUUCGGAGGGCCAGGCGCCAUGUGAAUCAGGCGAUCUCGAACAUCCGUCUUUGUCUAUAACGCCGUUGGGGUCAAAUUCGAGAGACUUUUCGCCAAUUUCUGUCCCACAGAAUGCCCUUCUCCGGGCACAAAGUAACUUUACAGCGAGAGACGUGCCCCUUGUCGAGACACCUGUGCCAAAUCCCGAGGCGCCGGAGAACACCGAUGGCCCAGAUCGCGAGCCCAAUCAGCAUCCCGCCAAUCCUAUCUUGAAAUUCAUUGGUCUUGAAGGCCCAAAUGCCAAAGCUAGGAGAGAGCUACUGUCGUUGAUAUGGAAUCUAGGAUUUGGCUUUAUUCAAUUCGUUGUUGUCAUUACUAUGCUGGUAUAUUCUGCUCACCAUGAAAGCCCCACUGAUCCGGGCUUGUCAGAGUGGAAAGCUUGCAAUAAGCCUUUAGGUGUGUGGGACAGCAUCUGGUUAGUAAGGGUCGCUCUUGGUUGCUUCCUGUCUGUCUGGGGUUGGCAACGACAGCGAGCGGUUCGGCAAAUUCAGGAACGUCGGCAAAGGGGAAAUGAUCCCGAGACGCCUCGCCCAACCAUGUCACCACGUCAACUUUCGGCGAUUGGGUCAACGGGGCCAACUCCUAGAUCCUUACGAUCUCCUAGCGUUGGCGCUGCGGGACAGUCGCCUCCGGGUUCGGAGCCCAACCCUACUGUGAAUUUAGCUCACACAGUCCUUUUCGCCAGGUUGACACUCCUCGGAACCUUCAUGUCUCUCGCUUGGUUCCUGACCGCUCAUAUCCUCGAAUACACGACGGUCAAUGAUUGUCGCUUCACUUCGCCACAUCUGUGGUGGCUCACUUUUGGUAUACUGUGCAUUCUCUAUAUCAUGAUUUUGGAGAUAUUCCUAUUAGGACUUCUGGUGUUCGUGUUGGGACCGGUUUUAUACCUCUUGUGGAAUAUCGUUCUGCUCUGCAUUGGACGACAUCCACUUCAAAACCCCCAUUAUAUCAAGCCUGACAUCGGCAAGCUCUCAAAAUCCGUUGUGGAUGAUAUCCCUCUUGUUCUGUACAUCCCCCCUCCCCCGGAUGAAACCCCUGAUGGCACUGCUGCCCUAUCGCCCAUUCCUGUACCACCCACGGCGCAUUCAUAUCCCCCUAAACCCAAACGCUCUACAACUGCGCCUGCGCCCAAGCGUCGCUUUGCCUUCAUGAGGAAAGUAGUUCCUCAUAGAGCCAAGAAGAGCAAAUCUGAUUUGGGCGACUCAAGCGAGAAGACUGGUACGCAUACAUUGAAGCGAGCGAAUGUCGAUCCGGAGAAGAUGACGUGGGAGGACCGGUGGGAGCCGGGCGAGCACCCAUUCGUGAGACUGGAAGGCAAUCGUGCAGUCUGUGCGAUCUGCCUUUUAGAUUUCGAAGAACCCCGACGUGCCGAUGGCGUAUUAUCUAACGAGACGCCAACUGCUCCGACUGUGGCCUCUGCGGACGAAGUCGUCCAGAACAAGGAAAUAGUGCCAACUCAGAAAGACGCUGCGUCUGGUGAAGAGGCUGAGGAAAUCCUUGUUGAGGAGGUCUCGCAGGAGGAGAGAGACAGGUUGAAGUUAGAUGACGCUGGAGAGGGUGCUCAGCCUUUGCGCCUUCUCUUCUGUGGACAUGUCUUCCAUCAAACUUGUGUGGAUCCAUGGCUAACUGAAGUAUCUGGACGUUGCCCUGUUUGCCAACGCGCUGUUGAGUUUCCGGAAUCAGGGGGAAAGAAGAAGAAACAGAGGCAGCCAUCAUCAUGA